AUUUUCAACUAUCCUUCGUUGCUGAUACCACUUGGAACAGUUGACGUUUCCUUGCUGCUUUGAAAUUAAAAGAGACUUAUAUAUAUUGGAACAGAAUGGGUUGUGGAAGCAGUAGCGAACUCCAAGAGAAUAGCAAGCGUAAUGCACAAAUCGAGAAUACUAUCAAAAAAGACAUGGAGAAUUUGCGCAACGAAGUCAAGCUUCUCUUGCUCGGUGCUGGUGAGUCUGGCAAGAGCACCAUUCUCAAGCAAAUGAAUCUGAUUCAUGGCAGUGGCUACUCACGAUAUGAGCGAGAGAGCUACAAGGAAAUUAUCUUUUCAAACACCAUCCAGUCAAUGCGUGCCGUUUUGGAAGCUCAGCGUAUGCUGCAGAUUCCCUUUUCUAAUCCUCGCUCAAACUCUUUCAAGGCCAUUCUUGAUCGUCUGCCACACCAAGUUGAGGUGGAUGCCAUGUCUCCAGAAAUCGCCCAAGCAAUCAAAUGUCUGUACAUGGAUCAUGGUGUUCGAUCCUGUAUUGAGCGUUCUCGCGAGUUUCAACUCAACGACUCUGCACAAUAUUAUUUCGAGUGUAUUGAUCGUAUUUCACAACGUGAUUUUAUGCCUUCUGACCAAGAUGUGCUUCGAUCUCGUGUCAAGACCACAGGUAUUACUGAGACUACGUUCCAUGUCGGAGAACUUACAUACCGCAUGUUUGAUGUCGGUGGUCAACGAUCUGAACGAAAGAAGUGGAUCCAUUGCUUUGAAAAUGUGACUGCUAUUGUGUUUCUGGUUGCCAUUUCUGAAUAUGAUCAGGUCCUGGUAGAAGACGAGACCGUCAAUCGUAUGCAGGAAGCCUUUGUUUUGUUCGAGUCUAUUUGUAAUAGCAAGUGGUUUGUGCAAACAUCGAUUAUUUUGUUUUUGAACAAGAUUGAUCUGUUCAAGGAAAAGCUGGGCAAAUCUCCAUUGAAUAGAUACUUUCCUGAUUACAUUGGCGGAUACAGUUAUGAAAAUGCAUGUCAAUAUCUUUUACACAGACUGCUGUCUUUCCACCGUACACCAAACAAGCAGAUCUAUCCUCAUUUCACAUGUGCGACAGACACGUCUCAGGUCAAAUUUGUCAUGUCUGCUGUCAAUGAUAUUCUUCUUCAGAGUAAUCUUCGUGAUGCUGGACUAGUGUUGUAAACAUCUGCUAUUCUGAGUACUGUGCUAAAUAGUUUAGCUUAAAUUAGAAGCAGGAUCUGCUCAUCUCCUUUUAACAGCUAUUGCUUUCAAUCUUUGACGCCUACUGGCGUUUCUAUUUUAACUAUGAAUUCCUUGAAUUUUUGCUCUUUUUGUUACCAGUCAUAUUUUAGAGCCUCAAAACCUCCCAUAAUUAUGACUCUCCUCGUAUGAAUCAAUACUUUAGGAUUCUAUUUUCAGUUAUUUUUAUUCUCAAUCCUAACCUGCAUUUUUAUUUGCCCAAGAAACUCUAUUUGAUCCCAUUUUUUGACAAUCUGGUUUUUCUACCUGUGCUAGUACUAGGAUCCCACUAUAAUUCUGUGGAAUCUAAUGUAUUGAUUCAAUUUUGCAGAUUGUAAAUCCCAGAGUUGACCAAUUUAAAAUAGGGAAUAAAUUUGUUUAUGAAGC